AUGAACAAGUGGAUUCUCGUAGCUGCUCUCGCCGUUAUGGCCUCCGUGCAGUACGCGGAGAGCAAGAAAUUGCUCAAGUUGGCUGCUGCGGCUGCCAUCAUCCGUGGUGGACCCAUCAUCCCCAUUCCGAUCAGGUACCCUGUCCACGUGCCCCACUCGCACAAGGUGGUCAAAGUUCCCGUCCACCACCCGGUUCCCGUGAAAGUUCCCGUCCACCACCACUCCCACUCGGUCGAGAAGGUCCCCAUCCCCGUCCAUACCCACAGCGUGACCGAGAAACACGUUCCGGUACCAAUCCACCACGAAUCGAUCGGUCUCGACCACGGAUACGGAGGAUUCGACUUCGGCGGUCACGGUCACGAGGAGCACGGUUACGGAGGCGAGAUGUCCGACAUCGGAUUCGGAGGUCACGGAUGGUAG